GCCACUUCUCUCCACACUCAUUGUCAAUGCCCUGCUCCUGGACGUGUCCUCUCUUGUCUGGAACCCUGAAGCAGCUGCAGGCAGUCUCCCUGCCUCCUCAGACCCAAUCCCAAUCCCACAGAGCCGACCCUGGGAGCCUUUCCUGAUGAGGUCGCGCUGCUGAAAACCCCGUGACAGCUUCUGAGCAACCUCCUUGACUUGGUUUAUGAAGUCUUCCUUAUUUCCGCAGCUCACUGCCGCUCUCCAGCCUUCCGUUCCAAUCUGAGGCGGUCCUGCUCGCCAUUGCUAGAAUACACUCUAGUCUGUCUCUUUGCCCACGCCUCUCACCGCUUAGAUUCCUCUCCCGCGCUCUUCUCACUCUCAGGUCUUCGCUUACUUCUUCCUGAAGCCUCCCUGACGCCCCAAGCUGAGUGUCGUCGGAGCAGGAGGAAGUCCUGCCAGCUCUCGCGCCCCAGACGGUCUUGUCGCCUGGUCUAGCCUGUCGCCCCUAGGUGGCCUGGGCCGGCGGCUUCUCGCCCUUGGAGCUCCAGCCACCUCACCCGGCUCGCUUUCAGCUCCUGGAAGAUCCCCGCUCCUUCUGCCCCUCACCCCUCUUCCUUUGCCACCCCGGGGGUGCCUCCCUGAGCUCCCGACCGCCUUGGAUCCCGCGAUCGUUCCACACGCUUAGAGCACGGGAGACGUUUCCUUCUGGCACAGUCCGGGACUCUACGUUCAGCUGUGUCACUAAGCCGGACCCGCAGCGUGUCCCCGGGCCCCCCGCGUGCCCGGCGCGCAGCAGGUGGCACGGCCAGGUGAAGCCGCGAGUGGCUGAACGAGCGUCUGCCGCGGCGCGCGGGCCUGGCGGGGAGGAAGGGCCCGCGCGCCGCCGCCGCCGCCGCCGCUCCCCGGGACCCCGCGGAGCCCUCAGCUCUCUAGCUUGGCGCCGGAAGCGGCCCGCCCGGCCCCCUCCCCGGGGCGCCCGCCGCCUUAUCUCGGCGCCUUGGGGCCGCAGGAGGAGUCGCGGGCGCGCCGGGAGGGAGGCGGCGGCGGCGGCGGCGGCAUGGCCCGAGGGCCCCGGGGCGCCGGCUUCCCGCCUGGGCGCCUGCUGCCGCUCCUGCCGCUGCUCAGCCUGGCCCUCGGCGUGCCCCGGGCGCCGGGCGCGGACGCUUUAGAUGUCUGUGCCACUUGCCAUGAACAUGCUACCUGCUUGCAAAGAGGAGGGAAGAAGAUGUGUGUUUGCAAAUACGGAUUUGUGGGCAAUGGGAGGACUCAGUGUAUUGAUAAAAACGAGUGCCAGUUCGGAGCCACUGUGGUCUGUGGGAACCACACAUCUUGUCACAAUACACUCGGAGGCUUUUAUUGCAUUUGCCUAGAAGGAUAUCGAGCCACAAACAACAACAAGACGUUCAUCCCCAAUGACGGCACCUUUUGCACAGACAUAGAUGAGUGUGAGGUUUCCGGCCGGUGCAGGCAUGGAGGACGGUGCGUGAACACUCGUGGGAGCUUUGAUUGCUACUGUAUGGAUGGAUACUUGCCAAAGGGUGGGCCUGAGCCUUUCCAUCCGACCAGAGAUGCCACUUCGUGCACAGAAAUAGACUGUGGCACCGCUCCUGAGGUCCCAGAUGGCUAUAUCAUAGGAAAUUAUACCUCUAGGCUUGGCAGCCAGGUUCGUUAUGCUUGCAAAGAAGGAUUCUUCAGUGGCCCAGAAGAUACAGUUUCAAGCUGCACAGCCUUGGGCACAUGGGAAUCCCCAAAAUUAAAUUGCCAAGAGAUCGACUGUGGCCGCCCUCCGGAAGUGCAGCACGCGGUCCUGGUGGGGAAUCACAGCUCCAGCCUGGGCGGUGUGGCUCACUAUGUCUGUCAAGAGGGCUUUGAGAGCCCUGGAGGAAAGAUCACUUCUGUUUGCACAGAGAAAGGGAUCUGGAGAACAAGUACUUCGUCAUGCACAGAAAUAAUUAUAGAAAUUAAUGACGUGUCAGUGUUUAACAACACUUGUGUGAGGUGGCAAAUAAACCCAGGAAGAAUAAACUCCAAGAUCGUAUAUGUGAUAUACAUAAAAGGACAACGGUUGGACCCCGUGGAAACAGUUCAUGAGGAGACAGUUAAUUUGACCACAGACAACAGGACCCCGGAAGUGUGCCUAGAUCUGUACCAGGGCACCAACUACACCAUGCACAUUUCUACUGCCUCUCCCAGACGCUCUGUGCCAGCCAUCAUUGGGUUCCAGACAGCUGGUGAUGAUCUCUUAGAAGAUGACAGGAUUUUCAAUAUUUCAAUACAUAAUGAAGCUUGUUUGAAAUUGAACAGGCAUUCUAGGAAAGUUGGAUCAGAACGAAUGUACCAAUUUAAAGUUCUAGGUCAAAGGCGGUAUCUGCAUAAUUUUUAUCACGCAACAUCAUUUAACUUCACAACGAGGGAACAAACCGCAGUGGUGUGUUUAGAUCUGUAUCCAGCAACUGAGUACACAGUGAAUGUCACCCUCCUGGGAUCUCCCGAGCAGCACUCAGUGCAAAUAACAAUAACAACCGCACCAGCAGUAAAACAGACCAUCAGGAACAUUUCAAUAUUUAAUGAAACCUGCUUGAGAUGGAGAAGUAUGAAGACAGCUGAUAUAGAGGAGAUGUAUUUAUUCCACAUUUGGGGCCAGAGAUGGUAUCAGAAGGAAUUUGCCCAGGAAAUGGUCUUUAAUAUCACUGCCAGCAGCCAGGCUCCUGAGACUUGUUUGGACCUGAGGCCAGGUACCAACUACAGUGUCAGCGUCCAGGCUUUGUCUUCUGAACUUCCUGCGGUCAUCUCCCUGACAACGCAGAUAGCAGAGCCUCCCCUUCCGGAAGUAGACUUUUUCACUGUGCACGGAGGGCCUUUACCACGCCUGAGACUGAGGAAAGCCAAGGAGAAAAAUGGACCCAUCAGUUCAUAUCAGGUGUUAGUGCUUCCCCUGGCCCUCCAAAGCACAUUUGUUUGUGAUUCUGAAGAGGCUACCUCAUUCUUUAGCAAUGCUUCUGGUGCUGAUGGAUAUGUGACGGCAGAACUGCUGGCCAAGGAUGUUCCCGAUGAUGCCAUGGAGAUAUCUAUUGGAGACAGGCUGUACUAUGGGAAAUAUUAUAAUGCACCCUUGAAAAUAGGGAAUGAUUACUGCAUUAUAUUACGAAUCACAAGUGAAUGGAAUAAGGUGAGACGAAGCUCCUGUGCAGUUUGGGCUCAGGUAAAAGAUUCAUCGCUCACGCUGCAGCAGAUGGUAGGCGUCGGGCUAGGCUCCCUGGCUGUGGUGAUUGUCCUCGCAUUCCUCUCCUUCUCAGCAGUGUGAUUGCCGAUGCUGCGUGAAGAGGAUGCACUGCUGCUGGGGCAGAUGUUAUGACAGCUUCUCAGGUGUCUGCACAGAGGCCCUGUGUGUGCGUGGGCCUGCAAUCCCAUUCCUGGAUUCAAGACGGUGACUAUCUCUUUGGAAUCCCCCAAAAGGAGGACACUCGGGAAUUGUUGAUGUCUUCCCUGCUGCACGACCAGUUCUGUGUCUCUGAACUUGAGAACCUUGAUGUACAAUGUAAUAUUGACCACAGGCUACAGGUCACAUGGGCUGGGCCUGUGUUCUCCUCUGAGUGACGCCGGAGAGUCAGCUCCUCUAGGCACUGAAUGCAAGAGACUGUCUGCCUCUUCCUUUAUAGCAUCUCUGUCAUUAAUUCAGAAUCCAUUCUUUUACAGUAAGUAAUGAGAUAGACUUAAGUGUCGGCUAGAAUUUGACUUUAUGAAGGAGGUCAUUGUAAAGGCUAGAGAUCACUGACAGGCAAACACGGCAAACACUUUAGAAGCCCUUUUCCGACAAUUGGUUGACACACUAAUUAGAAAGUGUGCUAGCCUGGCCACUCCAGUAAGUUCCCUGCAAUAUCUGUUAGGCAGUGUUGCUUUGAUACAGUUCCUUUUGUCUUAUAUGUAUUCAAAAGCCAUAAGUCUUCAUUCCAGUAAAAAUAUUCUGUUAACUUAGACAGUUCUCUUUCACAUGAAUGUUUAUAACAGCCUUGGCAAAUUUUUUUUCACUGAACAUUUCCUAAAAAUGCUCUGUGCCUCCUUUUAGACUUGGGGGUGGUGUGGUAACAAUGGGUUGCAACACUAUGAAGCCCACGGCCAGAGUCCUGUGUGGGGAGGGGAACAAUGCGGGCGACAUGAUCGUCCCUUUUAUCUACAGCGUCAGUAACUAUGAGUGUUACUUUAUCAUGAAACAUGUCCCGGACCUACUGUCAAUAUGCUGAAUUUACAGAUGGAGUGGAUUCAAUUUGACUUUUAAAGCCCGAAUCAGUGUUCUUGAACUUUCCUCCCUAAUCAACAGUGUAACUCCAAGGCUCAGCAAGAAACGAAGGGAGAAGAAGGAUGGAGGCUUGUGGCUUCUCUAAGUGACGGUGGUGUCCUCCUCCGCCUUCUCCCUCCUCUCCAGGCCUAGGGCAUAGAAAGCAUGGGGAGAGGUGGGGGGGCAGUGAUAUUGCCCAACUCGGGGUGCAGCAUAUAUGAACGUGGUCCUAGAAUUGGGCAACACCACAGUCCUGAGGAAAAGGGACAAUCUUUCCCACAUGGUGGGCUGGUGUGUUCUCCACCGGCUCACUGGGCACCGGUGAGGGACACAUCUGAGCAGCCUGGGCUUGUAGGCAGAUGAGGAGACAUGAGCAAUGAUAGGAACAGGUGGCAACUCUCUAUGAAGCUGCUCCCCCAGGAAGAUCUGGCCCAAAGCAUAUCCUCUCAACUGGGAAGAGUCAGAGAGAGGGAAGUGAUACCCUGAUGCUUGAGUUUUCAAGGCCAGCUGUCAGCCCUGGCCCCAGCCAGUACUGGGCAGUAUUAGGAAUAAUUGUCCUUUGUCCUCUGAGGUGCCAUCUCAGUCUACAACUUAGGACCAACAUGUAGAACAUUUUCUGCUCUCAUUCAGGUGAACUGUAGAGUAGAACUCUCAAUAGACUAAUACAAAUAGCUUCCGACUUUUAAUUUUUAUGUGCAACAAUUCAAACUCAUACAGUUUUCACAGCUCUUGAAUUAUAUUUGGAAUCUUUACAAAUUAUUUGAUUAGUAUGAGGUAGGGUCUCUGAUGAGUAAGGAUUUUCCUCCAAGCCUCCUCUAACCAAAGAGAGAAUCUGAGUUUCUCCCCCUCAUUAUUAUUUUUUACCAGUUCUGUAAAUACCAUAUGUUUCUGUAGUCCCCCUAAUUUCAAGUUCUAGAAUUAACUGCCAAAGAAGCUACAUUUGUCCACAUGGGAACUUAGCAUAAUUGUCAUUGAAAGGAAGAAGUCCUAUUUGCUUGGUAUCAAAAGUUUCUGGUUAAGAAAACUGACUAAAUAUGAAGUAAAAUGUACUUCUGGGUACAGUGCAGAAAUGUAAAAGCAGUUCAUGAAAGAAUACUGAAAUAACAAAAACAUAGAUUUUGUCCCUUCCUCUAAAUGUUCCAAACUAUAGCACAGAGUUGCUCAGUGUUAAUACUUAACAGAAGUAGGUGCUGAGCAUUUGCAAGAACGAUGCACCAUUUUCCUGCAGUUCUUUUCUGAUCAUUUUCUCAUGCACAUGAAGGCAGCCUUAAGUUCUCUGAAUUCUCCUGGUAGCUUAACCACAAUACCGUCCCUUUUUUUCCCCAGUGGAUUCCUGGUUAAGGCGGGGAGAGCAUCUCAGGAGACCAAUAGUGGGUCUUCCUAGAAGCAUGCAGGGUCCUUCUGUUGAAGGACUGAUCAGGUAGCAUUCAGAAUUGGGUUAUGAGUGCCACUAAAUAAAGCUAGAUCCUCAGAUAGUGAUGGAAGAAGGAUCUUUUCCUUAUUAACUGUCUUGGGGACAGUGUGUAGAGGCGAGUGCCAAGAUCCAGUCUUGAGCUCCCUUCUAGACUAGGAAUCAAAACUGAGGGUUGCCCAGAUAUGGAGCAGAUUGUUCCCUGGCUGAAUUCUUUUUUUUUUUUUUUUUUUUUUUGUGCCCAUAGUUUUUAUUUAUCUCCACCAUAGUUUUUGUUUAUACAUGUUCUUUCAUUCCAUCCUCACAGCAGUUCUGUGCGGUGGGAAGGUUAGGAGUUAUCAUUUUCCCAUUUUAGAGUGGAGAGAUGGGUUCAGACAGAGACGUAACUUCAAUUGUUACUUUUACUAUUAUAGCAACUGUGUCUUUUUAUACUUAUCUUUUCACUGUGAUAUACCUUCCCCCAUCACUUCUAGAAGGAGCCACAGGCAACCAAAAUAGAUGGAGGUUAACUAGGGGAAAUAGGUAAUAGUCCAUCCAUGACUCCAGACCUAAAAUUGCAGCUGGGCCCUUAAGAUUAAGACCAGAGCAAAAGUCAUUACCUUGAAAUUCCAUAGUGGAUUGGAAUAAAGUUAGCAUUUAAAUUGAUUUUAAAGGAGGUAUAAAAGAAUUCUCAAGGCUCCCUUUUUUUGCUAAUCUCAUAUUCCGAUUUCCUAACCCUUUAAUUUUUCCAUUCCCUUCAUCAGAGAGAAAACCAGUGGGUAGUAGACGUCAAUCAAAUGGUGUUUUAAGGACCAUUUGCCUUCCACAGCCAUCGUUGGUUAAUCUCAAGUGCCUGAUUUUGGAGAGGAAAGUGGGUGUGGAUUUUUCUGUGUCCAUUUGUGGGCAGGUGAUGCAGUGAGGCAAAUCAAUCUUAAAAAGUGUACAUCCAUUGUUUCAGAAAGAGAGAGAAUGAAUGAGCCAUUCUGGUGAUGUGUGUGUGUGUCUCUGUGUGUGUGCGUGUGUGUAUCCAUAUCCAUACUUUUUUGGCAUAACUCAAGGUUACCAAAAUGGGGUCAAACUAGGCAUGUGGUUUGUAACAUGCAUUGGACACAUUUUUCAUGUCAAUCAUGAUGGCAUUAAAAGUUGGUACCAUAAUUUAUUUAACUAAUACUCUGUUGAGUAUUGUGCAUUUAGAGUGUUUCCAGAUGUUUACUAUUCUUAUAUAUGUCUGUAUAAUUGUAUUCAGUUAUCAGUUAUGCUAAAUUCCUAGACUUGAAGUUGUUGGAAUGAAAACUAUAUAUUGUAGAUUUACUACAUAUUGUCAGAGGAAUCUCAGAAAGUUUAUACCAGUUUAUGCUCUCACCAGCAGGAAGCCUCAACAUACCUGGGCAUCGUUGAUAUUCUUAAUCUUGAUUAAUCUGGUAGGUGAAAAAUGACCUUUCAAUGUUUUGUUUGCAUUUCUCUGACUAAUUUGCAUGUUGAUUGGUCAUUUGUAAUUCUGUUGUGGUGAUGUGCCUUUUUUCUCAGUAGUUGGCUUGUCUUAUAUUGAUUUGAAAAAGUUCUUUGUAUUAUAGUAAUUUUCACUUUUAGCUGUCACAUGUGUUGUAAACAAAUUUUCUACUUUAUUAUUUCCCUUUUGACCUGUUUGUGUCAUGCAUUGCCACACAAAAACUUUAAAUUUGUGUAGUCAAAUGUAUCAGUCUUUUUCCUUAUGUAUUUUGCCUUUGGUACCAUGCUUAGGAGGACCUUCCAAUCUCAAGGUAAUAACUAUAAUUCAGCAGUUAAAAAAAACAUUUAAAUCUUUAAUCCAUCUGAAACAUUUUAGUAUAAGGAGUGAGGUCGGGAGGGGUCUUUUUUUAUUCUUGCUAAAUGGUUUAGCCAGUUGUUCUAUGAAUAUUCCUUGACUGUUAUUUUUUUCCCCUCGUGAUUUGACUCGUAUACUGAAUCAUAUACUAGAGUCUGUUUCUGAACUUUCUCUUUUGUUCUGCUGAUUUAUUUCUGUGCCAAUACCACCUGCUAUAAGUUUAAAAUAGGGGUUUUUUUUUUAGUAUGAAGUAAAAGAAGUUACCACCCUUUUUCUGUUAAUUCUCAGAGUAUUCUCAGGUUUUAUUAUAUAUUUAUUCAUGUAUACAUAUUUAUUAUAUGUAAACUAAAGAAUUAUUUGGUCAAGUUCCCCCCAAAAUCUUCAUAUUUUUCUUGGGGAUAUAUUAA